UGUAAUAAACAAUGUAUAGAAAUCUAAAAAGUCAAUUUUUGUAGUUUUUUUAUUUAACCAAGAAAUGCGGGUGUGUAUCAUCACAGGAGAGCAGGCUCGCACUAAAUGGAGUGCAUCGGCAGUAAAAGCAGCAGUUUACCUUUGAUAUUCGAUACCAUAAAACAACUGCAGCGUGCCAGAGCAAGUGGUUUUAUGUGGCGAAUGUGAAUUUUAAUUAAAAUCAAUUAGGCGCACCACACUCAAAAUAACAAACGCACGCAGCCCGAACUGAGCAUUCAAAUUUCGCCCUAUCAUAUCACAAACGGCCGACCAAAUUCCGCGCCUAACCUGUGUGGUGCACAGCCACAACCCAUGGACAUAAUUGCCCUAAUUGGAAACAACAGCAGCAGAGCAGCAGCAGCAGCAGCAGCUUCGGCAGCAUGCCACAAUUUACGCUCUACAAUAAACACAAUGCUCCACCCAACAACGAUAUCCUCACGCGCGUCGACUGCGACUGCGAGCAUGUGCCGCUCUGCUCCGUUAAUGAUGUCCAGCUAAGGUUUUUGGUGCCCGACGACUUGACGGAGGUGCGCACGCUGUGCCAAGAAUGGUUUCCAAUCGAUUAUCCACUGUCAUGGUACGAAGAUAUUACCUCAAGUACGCGCUUCUUUGCGCUAGCCGCUGUAUAUAAUCUGGCGAUAAUUGGUUUAAUUGUUGCCGAAAUCAAACCGUAUCGAAAUGUCAAUAAGGAGGUAAUAGCCAAUUUCAGUGAUAGUGAUGACUUUUACAACAGGCUGAGCGGUUUUCCCAUGCAGGACAAAGGCAUAUUGCCCGACUCGAUGGGUCGCACCGCGGAUGUUGGCUAUAUAUUGUCACUGGGCGUGCAUCGGGCGCAUCGUCGGAAUGGCAUCGGUUCGCUGCUGCUGGACGCGCUGAUGAACCAUUUGACGACGGUAGAAAGACAUGCGGUGAAGGCAAUCUUCCUGCACACUCUGACCACAAAUCAACCUGCCAUAUUUUUCUAUGAGAAAAGAAGAUUUACGUUACACUCGUUUCUGCCUUACUACUACAACAUAAGGGGCAAGGGCAAGGACGGUUUCACGUACGUGACCUACAUAAACGGCGGUCACCCACCUUGGACAUUAUUAGAUCACUUCAAGCACUACGCUUCCAAACUUCGUCACACAGGUAGCCUUUGCGUCUGGAUGGUAUCCCGUGUGCAGCAAGUGGUACGUUGGUGCUACCACAAGCUGCUCACACGCUUCAAUGUUAUUGAAUGAGCCAACGAACUGCGCCACGCCCAACCAGCCUUCCGACUCGAGAGAGCAGAAUGUAUGUAUGAUAAGUGUGUUCAAAUGAGGAUCAAACGGCAUGUAAUCAUCAUCAUCCUGUUGAGACCACCCAUUCUUAAUAUUAGGCCAAAUCGUUUCGUUUUGUAUAAAAAGAAAAACACAAGGAACAAACAAUGUUGAAAGUUGUAAAUUAGUCUUAUACAUGUAUUAUUACGUUUUUAAAUAUGUAUAUGUUUACUGCUGUAAA